AUGGCCACUAAAGCCCCAGCUGCCGUCGCGGCCAGGCCCGUGUCCCCAGAAUGCCAGGGCGGCUCCGAGCGACCCUGCAGCGGGAACGGCCAGUGCAGCGGCGACGGCAGCAGGCAGGGCGACGGGUCCUGCCAGUGCCACAUGGGGUACCGGGGGCCCCUGUGCGCCGACUGCGUGGACGGCUACUUCCACGUGCUGAGGAACGAGACCCACAGCAUCUGCUCAGCCUGUGACGAGUCCUGCAAGACGUGCACGGGGCCCACCAGCCUGGACUGCGGCCAGUGUGACGCGGGCUGGGAGCGCCGGGACCCCGAGGGCGCCUGCCUGGACGUGGACGAGUGCGCAGCCGAGACGCCCCCCUGCGGCGACGGGCAGUACUGCGAGAACGUCAGCGGCUCCUACUCCUGCGAAGGUGGGGCGCCGGCCCGGGCCUGGGGGGCGAGCCCAGGGUGGCCGCCCGGACCUGACCUCGCUGUGCCCCCAGGCACGCGGGUGUACAGCCCCCCGGAGUGGAUCCGCUACCACCGCUACCACGGGCGCUCGGCCACCGUGUGGUCCCUGGGGGUGCUGCUCUUCGACAUGGUGUGCGGGGACAUCCCCUUCGAGCAGGACGAGGAGAUCCUGCGGGGCCGCCUCUUCUUCCGCAGGAGGGUCUCCCCAGAGUGCCAGCAGCUCAUACAGUGGUGUCUGUCCCUGCGGCCCUCCGAGCGGCCCUCGCUGGACCAGAUCUCCGCCCACCCCUGGCUGCUGGGGGCCGAGGCGGGCGGCCCUGAGAGCUGCGACCUGCGGCUGUGCGCCCUGGACCCCGAGGACUCGGCCAGCACCACCUCCAGCAGCGAGAGCCUGUGAGGCCGCCGGCAUGCCGCGUCUCUCCCGGAGGGCCCCGCGAGCCCGGCCGGCGGCGCCCCCUAGCUUUGAGUGCCUUUCCGAGGGGCCGGCUCCCCGAGCGCCCAGUGCCCAGAGGCUCCGGGGUGGGGUCCCAGCGGCCUGC